GCUCCACCUGAUGAAAGACGCAGCGGUGAAAGCGGACGCGUCGGUGCCUCCGGCGGAGGAUCUGUGUUGAGCGUCUCACGCGCGCCCGCGACCUCUUACCCCACGGGGACGUGCGCUAAGUAACGGAGGCGGUGGCCGUGAACAUGCGUUAAGUGACAGCGGCGGACAGGUAGCCGACUACUAAGAGACCUCCCCGCUGAACUUUACCCGCUGAGCUUUGACGCGAUGGCCGCCGCUGCGUCUCUGGGGGAAGUUGGAGGCGUCGUGCACGGCAUCGAAGGCGUCGCGCACGUCGGCUCCCAUUUCCUGCUGCCCCCGCUGGGGGACGGUCCGACGCUGCUGAGGGAGCACCUCGUGCCGCCCGGGGACAGGCUCUCGCGGCCCGCCGCGGCGGAUUUAACGCACCUCAAAGGGAUUCUCAGGAGGAGACAGCUGUACUGCAGGACGGGCUUCCACCUGGAAAUACUUCCAGACGGCGCCGUGCAAGGGACGAGGAAAGAUCACAGUCGAUUUGGUAUUUUGGAAUUCAUAAGCCUUGCUGUUGGGUUGAUAAGCAUUAGAGGAGUGGACAGUGGACUUUAUCUGGGGAUGAACAAUAAAGGGGAGCUGUAUGGCUCUGACAAGCUCACAGCUGAGUGUGUCUUCAGGGAGCAGUUUGAGGAGAACUGGUACAACACAUACUCCUCCAACCUGUACAAACACGGAGACAAAGGGACGCAUUAUUUUGUGGCGUUAAAUAAAGACGGGACGCCAAGGGACGGGACUAAAUCCAGGCGGCACCAGAAGUUUACUCACUUCUUGCCCAGGCCCGUGGACCCUGAGCGGGUCCCAGAGCUGUACAGGGACAUCCUGGGGCACAGCUGAGAGCCGGAGGCCGGGCGGAGGUGGGGAAUAGCUGCUAAAGCCCUGGAAGGCAGGGAGCAGAGAAGAGGAAGAGGGGACGCACGCAGUGUUGGAGGCCGGCGGACAGCGAGCCCGACCGGCAGGGAUAAAGGAACCUGGGCCUCCUGUAGGAAUGCACGGGCCGUCUCUCAGCAGCCUGGAAGACAGGCUAGAAUGUCUGCACGCUCAACAUGAGGGGGUCAUUUGUUUCAGAGGCCGGACGACCCUAAACAGUACCUGUGUGGAAUAGGAGAUGAAUGGGAAACGGAGCUGAAUGAUCAUCUCCUCUGUCAUCGCUCGGACAGAGACGUCAGCUGGAGCCCGUGGGAAUCCGUCGCGAUGGAAGACACUCGUGUGUGUGUGUGUGUGUGUGUGUGUGCGUUUGGGCGCUAAGUCACAGAGCCGCAGUUUGAUCAGAAGGACUUUGAAGGAAUCGUCUUUUAUUUUUCAUACCUGUGUCUAGACCUGUUGGAAAAGAGAAACGUGUAACAAUUUAUUUAUUCAUUUUAGAUGCAUAUAUUUAUGUUAUAUAUUUAUUUAUUGGAGAAUAUAUUUUUACAGUUAGAUUCAUGUAAUAUAGAACGGCCACUAGAAAUUGUAUCAGUUAUAUAAAGACUGAGACACUGUAUUGUUAUGACUUUUAUUCUGAAGAAAUCUUCAGAUGCUUUUUUAGUGUGACCAAACCUAUAAAACACAUCGGUGUAACCUGGAACAGAUGCCCAUAUCUGACACGCAUUUUGUUUCAAUAAGGCAACUGUGAAUCUGAAAUCUGAAAAAAAUAUAUAUUUGUCUUCUUGAAUAUACCUAAACUACUGUUACACGUUAUAAGCAGAAUCCGCUGCCAUUAGACUGACUAUACAAAUAAUAAAUGGCUCAAAAUGUGA